CGACAUCACUCAUGCCGACGCCGUGCGGCCGGUAAAGAGGGAGGACACACGCCGCGCGGGGAGUGGGAGGGCGAUGAAGCCGCCAUCGCAGCCGCAGGGCCGGGGAGGCGGACGCGGGGGUGGCGCGCUGGGCCGGCGCGCGUUUGCGUCCCUCCUCGCGGCGGCCGUCGUCGCGGUGGCCCUCCUCUGCCUCUUCUACGGCGCCGCCUUCGCUCCCUCCAUCCGCAGCGGCAGCGCCCACCCUCGCCUCCCCCUCCGCCGGCUCGGGUUCCGGGCCCGGGCGACGGAGGCGCUCCCGGCCGACCUCGUCCUCCCCUCCAUCCCGGUGUGCGACGCAACGCACUCGGAGCUGAUCCCGUGCUUGGACCGCGCUCUCCACUACCAGCUCCGGCUCCGGCUCAACCUCUCCCUCAUGGAGCACUACGAGCGCCACUGCCCGCCCGCGCCGCGCCGCCUCAACUGCCUCAUCCCACCGCCCGACGGCUAUCAGGUGCCCAUCAGGUGGCCAAGGAGCAGGGACGAGGUGUGGAAAGCCAACAUACCUCACCCGCACCUUGCCGCUGAGAAGUCAGACCAGCGGUGGAUGGUCGUCAACGGUGAUAAGAUCAACUUCCCUGGUGGGGGCACCCACUUCCACACUGGCGCUGACAAGUAUAUUGUGCACCUUGCGCAGAUGCUGAAUUUUCCAAAUGGCAAGCUUAACAAUGGAGGGAAUGUUAGGAAUGUGCUUGAUGUCGGCUGUGGUGUUGCCAGCUUCGGGGCUUACCUUCUUUCGCACGAUGUACUUGCAAUGUCUCUUGCUCCCAAUGAUGUGCAUGAAAACCAAAUUCAGUUUGCCCUUGAGAGAGGGAUCCCAGCAACCCUUGGCGUGCUGGGCACAAGGAGGCUGCCAUACCCAAGCCGCUCGUUCGAGAUGGCACAUUGCUCUCGUUGUCGGAUCGACUGGCUUCAGAGGAACGGGAUAUUGUUGCUGGAAGUUGAUAGGGUGUUAAGGCCUGGGGGAUAUUUUGUGUAUUCGUCACCGGAGGCCUAUGCUCAGGAUCCCUUCAACAGGAAGAUAUGGAGACGGAUGAGCGAUCUUGCUCGAAGAAUGUGUUGGCGGGUUGCAUCUAAGAAGAACCAGACGGUGAUAUGGGCCAAGCCAUUGGCCAAUGGAUGCUAUAUGAGGAGAGAGCCUGGAACACGUCCUCCCAUGUGCGAACGUGAUGAUGAUCCAGAUGCUGCUUGGAAUGUACCCAUGAAAGCAUGCCUAACUCCAUACUCUAAGAGAGUUAACAAGGUUAAAGGCAGUGAAUUGCUUCCCUGGCCACAAAGGCUCACAGCACCACCACCUCGCCUUGAAGAGCUUGGGAUCAGUUCAAACAAUUUUUCUGAAGACAAUGAGAUUUGGCAUUCUAGAGUAACUCAGUACUGGAAGCACAUGAAAUCUGAGAUACAAAAGGAUCCCUUUAGAAAUGUUAUGGAUAUGAGCGCCAACCUUGGUGGAUUUGCAGCAUCUCUGAGGAAAAAGGAUGUCUGGGUAAUGAAUGUAGUUCCUUUCACGGAAUCUGGAAAACUAAAGGUUAUAUAUGAUCGCGGUUUAAUGGGGACUAUCCAUAACUGGUGUGAAUCAUUCUCGACAUACCCGCGCACCUACGACCUCCUUCACGCCUGGCUUCUAUUCUCUGAGAUAGAGAAGCAGGGGUGUAGCCUGGAGGAUCUGCUGAUUGAGAUGGACCGCAUCCUUAGGCCUCAAGGUUAUGCGAUCAUCAGAGACAAAGCCGCUGUCAUAAACUACAUCAAGAAGCUUUUACCAGCGCUAAGGUGGGAUGACUGGACAUUUGAGGUGAAAGCUAAGAAAGAUGCACUCUCGUCGGGUGAUGAAAGAGUAUUGAUCGUGAGGAAAAAACUGUGGAAUCAGACAUUGCAAGAUUUGUAGCAGUCGUAGCUCUCGUUGAUCCUAACUGUAGCUAACUGAGUACGGUGAUUAUCCUAAUCUUCAAGUGUAAUAUAGUUCUCGACUUUUUGUUUUACCGGUUGUGAUGGAAUGUUAAGACUUAAAGAGUAGAGUAGCAGUUAUACCACAUAUUACCAUAGGAAUUAGUGGAGCAAUUCGGAGUGCUCCACUCCUCUCGUGAACUGUUUGUUUCGUGAAAUGCUUGCGAAUAGUCAGGGGCUCAACAACCACUCUCCGAUUUGCAUUGA